AUGAAGAAAUUGCUGGGAGUUCUGACGUCAGUAACCGGUCUGAACGCUAUUAACGUCUGCACGAAACUUGUGUACUUUGCUCGAAUUUACUCACUUCACAACCUUUUAUUAAUGUUACCGAAAUGUUGUGUUGGACAUGGUGCUACGAGUGGUGUUGCCUUUGUUUGCUCAUCUGUAAGCUGGGCAGAUCGCUCUUUAGUCAGCAAGCAGACAUGCGAAUUUUAUUCGGACGACUUGCUGAGCCAUGAUUGGAUUCUGGAGGCAGAUGCGCCUUCUUCUCUGGAAGGGGGUGUUGGUGAAGAAAAGACAAAAGGUCAUUACGACUCAAAGGGAUUUCCAUCAGCCGGUCUUCUUCCAUUCCUCCAUUCAUUUUUAUGCUCAUUUUCGAAUACUUGUCAUCUGUCACCGACAACUGGAGAUGAAAAGCAGUUUAUUCACAACGAAACUGAUCCUAACGAGUCUUUACUCGUUGACUUAUUAUAUUACUCAUCACUUCAACUGGAAUGGAUUGGUAAAAAUCCUGCUGAAUUCUCUCGUUUACUCAAUAGUUUUACUCGGUUAAUUAGCAUUAUUGCUAAGAUGAAUAGUACGCAUAUGGAGCUACCGAAAACGCGAGAGCUUUUUGAACCUUCCUUCAAUCUACCUGACAACUUAGAGCAACUAGGUAUCUUCCGUAAUGUCAGCGAUGUGCUGAUGGAGUCCAGACUUACACCAGUUUUUUUUGUCGAAGCCUAUUCAUACGCUCGUGAACUAGGUUCUCUGGAUCACCUUGAUCUCCUCUCAACUGUGUUCGACCCAAUUCCAAUACUCUGUAAUGAAACGAUUUUCAACGAAAGUUUUGUGCUGCCGCCAAAUGCCAGUCUUUCUGCCGAAGAUCGUUCUUCCCUUUGUGAUGUCUCACCUCUGGCUUUUUUAAGUAUGUUUCGAAUGGAUCACUUGCAGAAUUUGGUUACGGGAUCCUCCAGUCCUUCAAAUAACCACACAGAAGAAACUGGCUCGAUUGCGGAUUUGCUCCGGCUCUUUCUGACCUCUGCUCAACUUCUCGUACAGCAACCGCUUUACGAGGGAUUUCUGAAAUGGAGCGACUCUCUUCCUAUGUCAUUUUCAAACAUUUCGUCAAUGAUAUUCUGUGGCGCUAAUCCUUUCGAAACCUCAACGGAAGGACUUGGACCGCUGUCGCCAAAAGUGGAGACACCUUUCGAUGAACUUAGGAAGGAACUUGUUGAAUUUAUUGAGAAGAUCGUACCUGGUCAACAGGAGCACGACAAGCGGUUCUGUCAUGGUGUAUGGGUUCGUGAUGAUAUGAACUGUUCUUCCCUGGAAUCGGCUGUCAUGCAGAGACUUCGUCCAAUCCUGACGGGCUAUAUCCUCGUCGCUCCACAGUCUCCAGUCGUUGAAGAGAUGAUAGACAUAUUGAACAACCCUCUGCGUCUCCUGGAUUUUCUCCGUAAAAAGCUGUACGAAUAUCCCGAAUUGUCAGAUAAUUUGCAGAGUGCGUUUUACGAAAGUGAUCUGCGUGCCGCUUCUAUGAAUAUUCUGGAAUUCAUCCGAGCAUCCCAUAAACAGCAUCCAGAGUGGCUAAAAAGACUAGAGUUUGUACUUGGACACAUCUUCGGUCCUCCAUCGGAUCCGUACUCAUUUGGAGCCGUCACGAAGAAUCUCACUGCGACUGUCAACAAAUACACCACGUGUUUUCUCACCGAUCGAUUUGUGACAGUUGCAAAUGAAUCUGCUAUGGAAGAAGCUGCAGUGUGUUUGACAGAGUAUCAACAGUAUUUCACCGGCAUUGUCAUUGUCAACAUGACUGACAAUGCUACGGAGUUUGAAUCGCUCACCACAUACAAGAUUCGCCAUUUGUCCACUCUCGUUGACAAUACAUAUUCCUAUGCUGACAGCCCUCGACGAAUAUUUGACAGAAAUAUGCCCUUCAACGACCUAAAAUAUCUAACGUAUGGAUUCUCUUUUCUACAAGAAGCCAUUGAUCGUGCGAUCAUCUCAAUGCGAUCGAACUCCUCUCAUUCCUUAGGGAUGUACUCCCAACAAGAGCCCUAUCCAUGCUUAUCUUACGAUACAUUUAAUGUUUCUGUUUUCCUGGGGCUCUUUGUGAUUCUGUCUUACAUAAUACCGGCUGCUUUACUGGUGAAGAAUAUCGUCUACGAGAAAGAAUUGAGGUUGAAGGAACAGAUGAGAAUCAUGGGUCUGGGUGAUAUGGUACAUUUGUGGUCGUGGGCUAUCAUAUCUCUCGUUCUCAACCUUACCAGCACAUUUAUCAUCGCUAUAAUUGUAAAGUACGGCCAUCUCUUGACCGCUGAUUUUUCGCUGGUGUUCGUGUUUCUGUCCUUAUUCGUCAUCUCCUCCAUAGCUUUAUGUAUCCUGCUGUCGACGUUCUUCUCCAACGCUAAUAUCUCAACGGCUGCUACAUGUCUGAUUUACUUCCUGUUCUUCUUUCCUUUCCAACUCAGCGUCAAAGCCAAAAACAAGGCCUUCACUCAGUUCACUUUGAUUUUCCCUCAAACCACAUUGGGUUACGGAAUGACUAUGUUGGCCCUCUUUUCCGACGUUGAUCAGGCGACGUGGUCAUACCUCAGCGGCAUCUAUCUUGAUGCGUAUGCGGUUGGACUGACUGAAUGCAUGAUAGCUUUUGCUUUACAAACCGUUGUUUUUAUAAUAUUAGCCUGGUACAAAAGCGCCGUAUCGCCUGGGAUUUAUGGCGUGUCCUUACCCUGGCAUUUCUGCUUAACUAAAAACUACUGGUUUCCUAGUUCCGUUGGUGUGUCGGACUACAGUUCAACAUUUGAUUCCCAGCCAGCAGGCGACACUUUUGAUGUUGAACCGACCUAUUUGAACAUGACAGUCCAUAUCACUGGCAUGAGCAAAAUUUACAGCAAUGGGACCAAGGCGCUCGAUCAACUCAAUCUGCGUCUUUACGAGGACCAAAUCACGGCCCUCUUGGGACACAAUGGUGCGGGUAAAACGACGACGAUGUCAAUCCUUUGCGGCUUGUACUCUCCAACUUCUGGAUCUGCGUUCAUUUAUGGGAGGGAUAUUAGGACAGAAAUACAACGAGUCAGAGAUAUUCUGGGAGUAUGUCCGCAGUACAACGUACUGUUUUCGCUUCUAACGGUAUCGGAGCAGCUCAAACUCUUCGCAGCUUUGAAGGGGACACCAGACUCGCAACUUAAGCAUGAGGUUACCGAAAUCCUCAAUGCUGUGUCACUAGUCGAAAAAGCAGAUGCGCUUGCUAGCACGCUUUCAGGUGGGAUGAAGCGUCGACUGUGUAUUGGAAUUGCACUCGUAGGCGGUUCUCGUUUUGUGAUUUUGGAUGAGCCAACAGCCGGUGUGGAUGUGACUAGUCGACAAGAAAUCUGGACACUUCUACAGAACAAUAAAAAAGGGCGCACAAUAUUGCUCUCCACUCACCACAUGGAUGAAGCGGAUAUCCUGGCUGACAGGAUCGCGAUCUUAUCCGAGGGUCGUCUCAUCUCACUUGGAACGUCCAUCUUUCUGAAGAAUAAAUUCGGGGAUUCUUUUCAAAUUUUUGCUUGCAAAAAGGAGCGUACAAUCGACUACAGAGCAAUCGUUGCUCGAAUCACUACCGAAGCAUCGAUACCUAUCCGAUUGAGUGAUGAAACGGAGGAGGAGCUGGUGUUCUCAAUCCCAAUAGCAACGGAUUCGCACAAGCUGGAGAAGUUUUUCACAUUUUUUGACUCUCAAAAAGAUCUGUACCUUAUUGGUGAAUAUGGAAUCUCAGCUCCAACUUUGCAAGAGAUUUUUGUUCGAUUGAGUCCACAAAGGGAGUACAUUGUUCCUCGCCACAAAGCUGGUAUUCUCGGAAAACUAAGACGAAAACUUCAUGCAAGCCAGGUAGAGGCUGAUCAGCAACAACUUGUGAGGACUCCAGCGUCAGCAAAUGAAAACGUCGAUGCGGGUAGCAGCAGAGGAGUGCCGCCAGCAGUGUUCGAAGAUGAGCUCAUGCCACCUCUAUUGUUUGGAUGGAAUCUAACGAGAAGCCACACAAAAGCUAUUCUGAAGUCCAGAUGUCAGUACACCAUCCGCAGCAAAAAGCACAUCCUCUUUGAGGUGAUUCUUCCAAUUUGCCUUCUCUUUUCCUGUGAGUUGUACGCAAAAAUACAAUUCUCUGGUACAACGCCUUCCUUAGUCACCUCUCAACCUCAAUUGCCGCUAAUAGAAGAAAUGUAUGGUAACGAUAGCUACAGUUACGUCAGUUUAUGGGAUCGUGAUCCGUCUUCUGUUUCUUACCAGAUCAUGAAGUCAUUUGAGGAUUCACCCAAUAUGGGAACUCGUUGUGUUAAUAAUGUCCCUGUUUUUAGAAGACAACCAGCCAGCGGAUGCGACUAUGAGGGGGGAAAUGGGACGUUCAACUGGAAUGCGAAUGAGACAGAUACCCCGUAUAACGAGGAUUUAAACUGUCAGUGCUCUGCAAGCCACACGUGGAAUUGCACUGCUGAAGACUAUCCGUUGGAUUCUUUACCGUCUCUCGUGCUAAACACAACAAUGCAAGUUUGGGACUUGUCGUAUAGGAAUAUUUCGCAGAUGAGGAUGGCAACUCGAUGGACUUCCAAUGAAACAGAUGACAUAUUCCCCAUACUGGGUGGGUUAUCUCUUGGCCACACCAGUCUCCGAGCCAGAUCCUCAGCUGACGUUCAACUGGGAAUUCAAGGAUGGAGUGCACUAGUUGCAGGCUUGAAUGAAUCUGCUUUUGUACUCAAUGUGAACAUAACGAAGUCGGAAGCUCCCCAAAUAUAUGAUCCAUUCCUGAAUAACAUGACCAUGACCGAUUUUGUUGCUAGGGUGCUUGGAUCCAUGGAAACGCAACAAAAUGUGAAGGCUUGGUUCAACAAUAAGUUCUACACUACUCUACCAGUUUACACCAGUUUCCUUAGCAAUGCAUUGCUUAGAAUCGAGGCGGAGAGUGUAGAUCCUUCGGACCUUGGUAUCAUCACAAUCAAUCAUCCGAUGAAUCAAACGGUUAGGAGUAGUUUCGACUCUGAGGGAAGCAAAAAGUUGAUAGUUUUUCGUAUUGUGCUGAUUAUGCUGGUUCUUUGUGUGAUACCAGCUGGAUUCACUGUAUUUUUGGUUGAAGAUCGAAUUUGUGAUGCUUUCCAUCUGCAGCUGGUGAGCGGAUUAUCAAGGCGAACGUACUGGAUUGCCGGAUAUUUUUUUGACAUGACUAUCUAUAUCGUGUCGUUAAUCAUAAUCCUUCUUAUCUACGUCAUCUUCGAUGUCAAGGAAUUUGCCUAUAGCUUUGAGGCCGUUUGUUGCUUCUUCUUAGUCUUCCUUCUAUAUGGGUUUUGUGCGGUUCUUUGGGCUUACGUCUUACAACGUCGUUUUGAAAUCCCAGCGCUUUCCUUCGUGUUAAUAUCCAUAGGCACCUUCUUUGUUGGUAUUGUUGCUUCACUUACGGUAAUGGUUAUCGAGCAGCUAAUGCAGAAGGACCCAACAUUGGUGACACCUCACACGAUCUGUUCCAUGGUGUUCUUGAUUUUUCCGCAGUACAAUCUAGGAAUGGCCAUCUUUCGCGGCAGUUUUGUGUUUCAACUCAUUCAGAUCGGUGAAAAUUACUUAAAAGAACUGCAUCGAACUGAUCUCCUGUCUUCGCUGCCGAUUCCAUCUCUUCUUGAGUGGAAUCUCAUGGGAAAGCACUGCUUAUGUCUUGUUAUCCAUAUUCUUGUGGCUGCUCUAGCGUUGUUUGUGCUGGAAAAUGAAUCCUUUGGAUUCCUCAGAAAAUGGGAAAAAGUCCGAACAAAACGAUUGCUUGAGACUAGCAAGGGAGUGUCGGAUGAUGAUGUGAUCGCAGAGAAAACAAAAGUGGAUGAGAUUGAGGAUGCUGAAGAAAAUCCAUUGAUUGUGAAGGAUUUAGCCAAGGCGUAUUCCCGAAACAGUCUUGCUGUGCGGAAUGUUUCGUUUGCUGUGGAUCGUGGAGAAUGCUUCGGAUUGCUGGGACUGAACGGAGCGGGAAAAACCACUACUUUCGCCAUGUUGACGCAAAAAAUUCGCCCAGGCACAGGAGCUGUCCACAUACAUGGCAGACGGUUAACUAGUGGAGAUCGAUCAUCGUUCGACCAAGUCGGCUACUGCCCUCAGUUCGAUGCUUUGAAUAUGAAGCUGACCACAAACGAGAACAUUGAACUUUUUGCAAGAAUUCGUGGAAUACCGGAAGCGCAUAUCAAACCGCUUGUGUCGAGACUUCUCGUGUCUCUUCACUUAAGCCCUUAUUCCGCAACUGUCACUUCGGCACUCUCUGGUGGAAAUAGAAGAAAAUUAUCUGUGGCCAUCGCUUUGAUUAGUCAUCCAUCACUUGUUUUGCUUGACGAGCCGUCAGCAGGCAUGGAUCCAGGAUCACAGCAAUUUCUAUGGAAAGUGAUCGAUCAAUUGAGGAAGUCAGGAAAAGCAGUGGUGAUCACCUCCCAUUCCAUGGAAGAGUGUGAGGCGCUCUGUACAAGAAUUGCCAUUAUGGACAAAGGACAGAUUCGUUGUAUCGGAAGUAAACAACAUCUUAAGAAUAAAUUUGGCGAAGGACAUUCGCUGACGGUGAAGAUGAAAUGUCAAAGUGAUGCGCGACUUGCGGCUGAAUUCAUUCUUGCACAUCUCAAAGGUGCGAAGAUAGAAUCCAUCCAUUGCUCGACACUCUUUCUCCAUGUUGACAGAGAAAUUUCCACCAUAUCCGGGAUUUAUCGGGUUGUCAACCAGUUAAAGAAACAAUUUUCCGUCGAGGACUUUUCUCUUUCGCAGUCAACGCUGGCUGAAGUUUUCCACGCAUUGGCAUCCAGACUAGUUAUGCGGGUAUUAAAGAAAGUUGUAAGUGCUACAAAUCGGGAACCAUAUAAAAACAGAAAUAUAAUUAUGUUGUCGGUAUAUCAUAUCACAAAUGAAUUCUAA